AUGGACUGUCUCCUGCUUUUCCUCUGGACUUUGCCCGUCGUCGCGAUUGGCAACGGCACCUCCAUGCCCCCGCUCACCCUCUUCUGGCUGGGCAGCCUUGCAAAGACUCUGCAGCUGUGCUGCAUCUCCUGGGUGUCUUUUGCCUCCGCUUUCACCGGUGACAGCAGCAGCAGCAUCCGUGGAUUCAACCAUGAUUACGUCUUUGUCACUCCCGUUGAGGUGGACUCCAGCGGAUUGUACAUCUCACAUGACAUUUUGCACAGCGCCAGGAGGAAGAGAUCAUCCCCGAGCUCUAAGAGUUCCUUGCACUACCGUUUUUCAGCAUUUGGACAAGAAAUGCACUUGGAGCUCAAACCUUCUGACCUUUUUAGCUACAGUUUUACUGUCCAGGUACUUGGGAAAGAUGGCAUCACAGAUUUGAAAGACCACCACAUUGAACCAUGUUUCUAUCAGGGAUUUAUACGGAACUAUAGCUCCUCUUCAGUAGCCAUAUCUACAUGUGUAGGCUUGUCAGGUUUGAUAAGGACACAGGAGAAUGACUUCCUUAUAUCUCCAUUACCUCAACACCUAGCACAGGAACACAACUACACGGCACCCGCUGGACACCACCCUCAUGUAUUGUAUAAACGGACAGCCGAGGAGAAGGUUCACCGGUACAAAGUAGAUUCAAACCCCCAUCACUUUCCCCUUGGCCAUGGCAGAAAUCACCCUGCCCACAAGUAUCACAUUCAAGCGAACGAUUACCACCACGGAAGGUUUCAAAAGCAGCAUUUUUGUGGACGUCGCAAGAAAUACACACCUAAGCCACCCACAGAGGACACAUUCAUCCUUUCUGAUGAAUACGGGAGCUCAACAAGGUUGAAAAGAUCCCCCAUUAAAAGCCAGAAGGGCGGAAGCUUGAAUGUGGAGACUCUGGUUGUAGCUGACAGGAAAAUGUUGGAGAAACACAGUAAGGAGAAUGUCACCACGUACAUCUUAACAGUGAUGAACAUGGUCUCUAGUCUUUUUAAAGAUGGUACAAUUGGAAGUGACAUCAACAUUGUGGUUGUGAGCCUUCUUCUUUUAGAACAAGAACCCGGUGGAUUACUGAUCAACCAUCAUGCAGACCAGUCCCUAAACAGCUUUUGCCAGUGGCAGUCUGCUCUAGUUGGAAAAAACGGGAAGCGUCAUGACCAUGCUAUCUUGCUUACCGGCUUUGAUAUCUGCUCCUGGAAGAAUGAACCAUGUGACACUUUAGGUUUUGCUCCCAUCAGUGGAAUGUGUAGCAAAUACCGCAGUUGUACCAUCAAUGAAGACACGGGGCUUGGCUUGGCAUUUACUAUUGCUCAUGAAUCCGGACACAACUUUGGCAUGAUCCAUGAUGGAGAAGGGAAUCCUUGCAGAAAAGCUGAAGGUAACAUUAUGUCUCCCACUCUCACAGGCAACAACGGAGUGUUUUCGUGGUCAGUGUGCAGUCGGCAGUAUCUUAACAAAUUUCUCAGUACAGCUCAAGCGGCUUGCCUGAUCGAUGAGCCCAGACAAACUGGGCAGUACGAAUAUCCUGAUAAACUCCCAGGGCAAAUCUACGAUGCUGACACACAAUGCAAAUGGCAAUUUGGAGGGAAAGCCAAACUCUGCAACCUGAGUUUCGUGAAGGAUAUAUGCAAAUCACUUUGGUGCCACAGAGUAGGUCAUCGAUGUGAGACAAAAUUUAUGCCAGCGGCCGAAGGGACACCUUGUGGGAUAAACAUGUGGUGUCGAAGAGGUCAGUGUGUACGGUACGGAGACCAUGGUCCCAAACCUGUUAACGGCCAGUGGUCCAUGUGGUCUGAGUGGUCUCAGUGUUCUCGGACCUGUGGAGGCGGCAUAACAUACCAAGAGAGACACUGCAAUAAUCCAAAGCCUCAGUAUGGUGGAAAGUUCUGUCAGGGCUCAAGCCGUAUUUAUCAGCUGUGCAAUAUUCAGCCAUGUGCGACUAAUAGCCCUGACUUCCGUGCCCAGCAGUGUGCAGAGUAUAACAGCAAACCUUUCCGUGGAUGGUACUACAAAUGGAAGCCCUACACCAAAGUUGAAGAGGAAGAUCGCUGCAAACUCUACUGCACAGCGGAAGACUUUGACUUUUUCUUUGCAAUGUCCAGCAAAGUGAAAGAUGGAACUCCCUGCUCUCUCUACAGAGAUGAUGUGUGCAUCGAUGGCAUUUGUGAACAAGUAGGGUGUGAUCGUCGGCUUGGAUCCAAAGCUGUUUUGGAUGCCUGUGGAGUUUGCAAAGGAGACAAUUCGACGUGCAAGUUCUUUUCUGGCCAUUACUUGACCCAGCCCAAAACAAAUGAUUAUUAUCCAGUUGUUACGAUCCCAGCAGGAGCUCGCAGUAUCGAAAUCCAGGAGUUACAAAUGUCCAGCAGCUACCUAGCUGUCCGCAACCUGAAUAAGAAAUAUUACCUAACAAAGGACUGGACAAUUGAUUGGCCGGGAAAAUUCCAUUUUGGUGGGACCAUCUUUGAUUAUCAGCGUUCGUUUAACCUUCCAGAGAGACUGUCUGCUGUUGGGCCAACUAACGAGACACUUGUCUUUGAAAUCUUGUUGCAAGGCAAAAAUCCAGGCAUUGCUUGGCAGUACACAUUCUCAAAGAUGGUCAACGAGAACAAGAUAUUCACCAAAGGACAUAGCUACUUGUGGGUGACGGUACAGUCAGAUUGCUCAGCUUCAUGUGGUGGGGGGCACUUAAUAGCAAAAGCUGUCUGUUUACAAGAUCACCGCACCCGAGUUAAUUCCUCUUUCUGUGGCCCAAGGACAAAGCCCUUAACAGAGACAAAGAUCUGCAACAUGAAUCCAUGCCCAGCCUAUUGGUUGGCAGGUCAAUGGAGUGUUUGCAGCCAGACCUGUGGCGGAGGAGAACAAAGCCGUCAGAUACAGUGUGUCCAGAGAAAGAACUUCCAGAAGGAGGAAAUCGUGGCCCAUGCUCUCUGCCCCGUGAGCACUCCAGCACAAAUACAGACAUGUAAUAACCAAGACUGCCCACCAGAAUGGAGUCCUGGCCCCUGGUCUCAGUGUUCCAAAACUUGUGGAAGAGGCAUUGCAAAACGUGACAUUUUUUGCAAAAGUGUGGGAUCCUCUGUGAUGAAAAUCCUGCCAGAGAGCAUGUGCAAUGGUGAACCAAAGCCUGAAAUGCAACAGAUGUGUGUGUUGAUACGGUGUCCUAAAAAUGAACGUCUUCAAUGGGUUAUUUCUGCUUGGAGUGAGUGUUCAGCCACCUGUGGCCCAGGUACAAGGAGGCGAGAAAUGCAGUGCAGUGAGAAGAGCAUCGGUGGUAAACUGAUCACCUUCCCCCAACGGCGAUGUCGAAACCUGAAGAAGCCAAAUGUAGAGCUGGAAGAAGUGUGCAACAGAGGAGUUUGUCCGCUGCAUCAUGUGUACAACAGGGUGUCAGGAUGGUACUCUUCACCUUGGCAGCAAUGCACAGUGACCUGUGGAGGAGGCGUGCAGACCCGGACCGUGCAGUGCCUUCGGCAGGGUCAGCCAUCGGCAGGCUGUCUGCCCCACCAAAAGCCAGCAAUAUCAAGGGCUUGCAAUACUAAUUUCUGUCUUGCUCCUGAGAAAAGAGAUGAUCCUUCUUGUGUGGACUUCUUUACUUGGUGCCAUCUCGUUCCCCAGCAUGGAGUUUGCAAUCACAAAUUCUAUGGCAAACAGUGCUGCAAAUCAUGUACACGGAAAAACUUAUAAUAAGGUGAUUUCAUCUGACCUUUGGACAACAAGCACCUCUCUUUAAGUUACUGGCAAAAUUUAGUUUCCCAUGAGGCCUUGCUAUGCCUGGUAUCAUGUACAUUUCCGGUGGAAGAGACUUGGAUUCAGUAGAGCAAUAUUUGCUGUGGUACAACGUUUGAUGAACCAUGGGUGCACAAAGACUGGAUUGUGACCAAAAUACACAGGGUAUUAUUAAACUUUAAAAGGUUAGGGCAAUUUUUAGCCUUCUUCUGUUCACCAUUUUCAUUGUCCUCUGUUAUAAGCAAAAACCUUCUCAUUAGUGGCCAAAGCAGGUCUUUAAAAUGGACUGGCACAUUUGGCAUGGUGCUCCUAAUUUGUUCAGUGCACUAGACCUCCAACAGAGCAGUGUAACAGUACUAUCUAGUGAUACAUGGGUCAUUUUUUGACUUCCAGUAGCACAUCCAGCCAAAACAGGGUAACGUAUAGGCUUGGAGACAUUGAAUUGGUGGCUGAUGAUACAACGCAUCGCCGUACAUAAUGUGGGUGUGUUAUUAUCAACAGUGAGCACAUAUGUUGCACUCUCAAAAUAAAAGGUGCUUUAUUGUGUUGUACUUGCUGCUGGGAAAGCAAGUGUUGUGUUAGACUAGAUGGAUUUUUAUUUUUAUUUUUUGCCCUUUUCUGCUUUAAUUAGUGAGGUUGCUUCCAUGGUAUCCAUUUAGUCUGGCGUUGACAAGAUCAUUUCCCUCCAUUUUUUAAAAGAAUCCAGAUGAUGUCACUGGCAACCUGUUCCAUUCCUGUGUUUUCACUGUUGCUGUCUUGUCUUUUUUUCCUGAUUUGUGGUGAUUUUUUUUAAAAAAACCCCUAACUGGUACCACCCAACGUCAUGUAGACAAUCAAAGUGCUAUUGGGAUCUUUCAGCACUACAGUCUUUUUAUGUCAUUCUCCUUUCCUUCUGCCUUUAGCUUACUUGGUUUUUGUUUUCUUCUACCUGGCUGCAGUAUUCUUGAAUCCAUUGCUAAUUAACAGGUCUUUUUUAUUUGAUGAAAUUAUAUAUCAGCUUUGCAGCCAUAACAAGUGCUCAUUUUUGUGAUGACAAUUUCUUUAAUUUUUACUCAUAAUAUCGCUCAAAUUGAAUAGUGAGCAAUGGCUUUGGCAGCUUGGUGAAAAACAACACAACCCUCCCCACACUCCCCUGUACUAAUAGUUAAUGAAUGGUUCAAGAAUACUUAUUGAUGCUCCCAAGGAAAUAAAUAAUUAGGCUGCAGAACAAAGGAACACAUGGAAAAUUGGAGGGAGGGAAGGAACGGCUAAAUGGGACUGACUUCCAGUAAUUAUAGAAAGAAAAACAAUUGCUGGACUUUUAUGGGAAAUAUGUUGUAAGAUCCCCUGUUCAGUUCUGCUUGACUGAGCAGCAAAGAAGUGAUCAAGAGUUGAAGAAGCAUAAUUUAAUCAUAGUUAACUUGACAGGUGCUCUUCAAGAUUUCAGCUCAACAGAAUGUGACAAAACUUCCUCUUUAAACAUCGCUGUGUAGCGGGAGCAAAAUAAAAAGUCAUACUUGAAACUGGAACAUUUGCUGUUAUUCCACAUUGUAAUUAAGGAUGAAAGAAAUUAUUACCAGGAUUCCAAAAUUCCAAGAGCUUCUCCAUAUGUCAGUGUUGAAUUAAACUUUGAACAGUCAUAUGUCUUGCAGAACAUGGAUGUCCCGUGUGAAAAAUUACAUUUUGUGAGUGCAGACAUUAAAUCUGGAAGUAAGGAAACAGCCCUAGAAAAGUAACAACUGUCUGCGCAAAAUUCAUGAAUCUGUUUCUGGAAAUGAUUAUAUUACAAGGUUGAUGAUGGCGAAUUCAACUAAGAUUUCUUCUCCAUGCUCCUCUUUUAAUUAUAUCAUUUCUGCAUUUGAAGGACCCAAGCUUCUGAUUCAGCUCAGUCACAACUGUACUAGUAUACCUCUACAAUUGUGGUAGUUGGUACUAGCUUAAUUGUUAGCCAGCCCAGAAUAGAACAUCAUCAUCCAUGUAAAUUGGCACUGGUGGGCAGCAACAUCUGCCAUUUCCAGAACUGGCACAGUGGAAUUGUGUAUAUCAGUUGUAGGGCAAUGAUAGAAGAAGAAAACAAGAAUAUGGGCCAUAACAUAUGUAGCACCUAAAAUGGAUUCUGAUCACCUAGGUGGGUCAAUAAGAUAUUACAAAAGAACUGCAAUUGAUAAGACCCAAACCACUCGAUAUUAGAUCCCUCUAACGCCAUUGACAUUUCUAGAUUUGUGAGCAAUUAUAUUUUUAUAGGAUCAGGGAGUAAAUUUAUUACAUCAUGCCAGUGAGCAAGAUCCAAUGAAAGUCUUGUAUGUACAAUUUUUAGGAAUUGUAUUUUGAAGUUCCAUUAUGCUAAGCUCCAAUUUGCUGAAAUUGGCUUUGUGGUUCCCCCCUCCCCACCUUUUGUGUUUAAUGCAAAUGGUGUUGGUUCCAUGGUAUCCUUUUAGUCUGGGAUUAUACAUGCAUCCUGCCAGUUGGUUAAACUAUGGAGAAAUAUGUCAUUCUCUGACAAUCAGAGAGAUUGCCUGUAUUUUAGUUGUUUAGGACUUGUUGCUAUAUAUGCUCCUUUGACCAUUUUUCAGUGGUGCUGGCAUUUUUAAACCCAGAAUCCAGAGGAGUCAGGGCACGGCAUAUUUUGAAGGCAAAAACUGAAAACCAGGGAAGAAGAAAAGCAUUUAUUUCAUUGCCCAAACCCAUAUGGCUAAGGCAGAGUUGUGUCCUGCUAUAAUUUUCUGGGGAUGCCAUUCCCCCCGCUACUUCCACCCAUUUGCACAGUUUCAUUUGAUUAAUGGAGCUGAGCUUUAUUGCUUCCUAAAGUACCAUUUCAAACUAAAAUUAGCCACAUCAGCACUAGGGGCAGACAGUGGUCAGUUAAAAUUAGCAGCUGGAUUUGCAACGGCUUAAAUGAAAACAAUGUGCAUGUUCCAAUUUGUUUACGAAAUUAUUAUUAGAACCAUGUCUCAGCUUCUGGGUGCUCUGUGUCUUGAACAAUGAACAUUUCAAAACAAUACCAUCGAGGGGGUAUUUGUCCUUCCCCCAGAAAUGCCAGGUUUUGUUCUAUAAUUGUGUCAUUUUUUUAUUAUUUGAUGUAAAAAUAUUAAUUUAUUAAUGCAUAGCCUUUUUAUUUCAUCACUUGCUUCCUAAGUAAGUGGCAGCAAUUCAGAAGAGAAAAAUUACAUAAAGGUAUGGAUUAUGGUGUAAAAAAAAGUGCAACGUAUAAAGUGUACUAUUUAAUUAUUUUAUAAGUUUUAUAAUAAAAUACUCUGUUUCAUUAUGUUUGAUACCUGUACAAGUUUUGAAUAAAAUAUGGAGGCUCUAUAUA